CGCACUCUCUGCAGCUCUCCAAAGCGACAGGCGAGAAGAAGAAGAAGGAAGAGCCACAAAAGCGGGGGUAACUUUUGAAACAACGGCCAAGAGGGCACCAAGAGACUCUAAAGAUGCCAAGCGUGGCGGUUUUACAGACGGAUCACUUGGGUACGCGAGGAAAGUGAUUUUUUUUUUUUCUUUCCCCGUAAGGAGAGAAAACAGGAGGGAGGACGCGCUUUUUUUUUUUUUUUUUUUUUUUUUUUCCGCCGCAUGAGACGUCAAAUAUCUGCCUCGGUUAACAAAGCAGGCGCCUUCGAGCUGGAGCCGAGCCCCUCAGCUUGUGAUUGAAUGUCCCCGGGUCUCUGUGGAGGGCAGUGAAGGAUGCCAGGAUGCCCUCUCUGAUCUCCCAUCUGCUUGUCAUCUGGCUGAGCGUCCACAGGCUGGUGUGGUGCACGGAGCGCUCCUCCACACGGGAGCGCUUCAAGGUGGUCAUCGCUCCUCUCAUCUGCAAGCGGAUCUGCCUGAAGGGACAGUGUCAGGAUACCUGCGAGCAGGGCAACAACACCACGCUGAUCGCGGAGAACGGGCAGGCGGCCGACACGCUCAUCGGACAGGGCUUCAGGGUCGUUGUGUGUCCCCUGACAUGUAUGAAUGGAGGAGUAUGCAGCUCGAGGAAGCACUGCCUCUGCCCGCCUGGCUUCACCGGUCGGCUCUGCCAGUUUCCACUCCAGCAGACGCAGCAAGCGCAGGCAGCGCGAGGCAACAAGCAGCCUGUCUACCCUGCAUCUUUGAAGCCAGACAGCCAGAAACUAGUGGAGCAGUCCGCCAUAGGGCGUACUCAGUUAACGCAAACACAUUCAGUUUUCACCUUACCUUUGUCACAAGUAGGGCACCACUCAUCCGAAGUGCAGAUUAAUGUGCGUGUUCAUCACACGCCGGACACCUCUGUUGUCAUUCAGCCUCUCGACCAAUCAGAUGCCAAGCCUCCUCACAAGACAGGGCCGCGCCCGAUCCCUCCAAGACACAAACCAAAGGGGCGCUGCUUCCAGGAGACCACACCCAAACAAGCUUGUAACAGCACCCCACUUCCUGUUCUGACCAAUCAGGAGGAUUGCUGCGGCAGUGUGGGGAAUUCAUGGGGACAAAACAAGUGUUAUCAGUGCCCCAAACUACCAAAUGCAUCAGUCAAACAGACCAUUGUGGAAGACUAUGGCUCUACCUGUCCUCAAGGCUAUAAAAGAUUCAACAGCACUCACUGUCAAGAUAUCAACGAGUGCUCCAUGCAGGGUGUCUGUCAGAAUGGAGACUGUUUGAACACACUGGGCAGCUUCAAAUGUUCCUGCAAGGCUGGUUUGGUGCUGGACAGGAAUCGAUGUGUUGAGUCUCCAGCGGAGCAGGCUCAGUGUUUCCUGAUAGCGUCCGAGGCCCGGGGCUGCGAGCACGCGCUGCCAACCCCCCUCACCCAGGAGAUGUGCUGCUGCACGGUGGGCAAAGCCUGGGGCCGUAACUGUGAAAGAUGUCCUCAGGUGGGCACAGUGGCCUUCAGUAAGAUCUGCCCUGCCGGGAAAGGCUACUUUCUCCAGAAUAUCAGAGAGACUGUGGCCUUCCCUCCCAUCAUCUUCCCCCGGAAACCUGACAAGGAAGAGCCAAAGCGGCCGGAGAGGCCACAAGAGACGACGACCCCUGUGCAGGCUCCCACCAGCACCAGCAGACCUCGUGUGCCUGUUGUGAAACCCACCCCUCCAACAAUCAUCCGAAUGACCCCAGGCAAUGACCCCUUCGAAACACAGACAAAAGUCCUGCCAGAGACAGAUGAAUGUAGGCUAAGCCGGAACAUUUGUGGUCAUGGAGAGUGUGAGAACAGCCUGAACGGCCACAUCUGUCACUGUCACCCUGGCUACCAUCUCAACCCGCAGAGGAACAUCUGUGAGGAUGAUAAUGAAUGUGAGUCAGAGCCAUGCGGCCACGGCAGAGGCCUUUGCGUCAACAUUGAAGGAGGCUACAAAUGCCUCUGUCGUCAGGGCUAUAAACACAUGGUGCAGCAUGGGAGACUUAAAUGCGUAGAUGUGAAUGAGUGCUCUAAGCAAGACAUCUGUGGUGUCGGAGGCCAGUGUGUGAACUUGCCCGGUUCUUAUAAGUGUGAUUGUAACAGCGGGUUUAGGAGCAAGUCACACCGUCAUCCAGCCUGUGAAGACAUAAACGAGUGUUUGAAUCCUGACACCUGUCCCAAUGAGCAGUGUGAGAACACACCGGGCUCCUAUGAGUGUGUUCCUUGCUUGCCUGGUCACGAGGCCCGCGCCGGCACCUGCUAUGACAUUAAUGAGUGUCAGAAGCCUGGCAUCUGUCCUAAUGGGCGCUGUGAGAACCUCCAUGGUACUUACCGUUGCCUGUGCAACGAGGGCUUCCUUCCGUCUGCAGACAGCAGAGGGUGCAGUGACAUAGAUGAGUGUGAGGAUGUCAGGCUGUGUGCUUACGGCCUCUGCAUUAACACAGAAGGCUCCUUCCAGUGCCAGUGCUAUCCGGGAUACCAACGCACACAGGAAGGCAGCCACUGUGAAGAUAUCAAUGAGUGUGAGAGGCCAUCAAACUGUCAGAGGGGCCACUGUAUCAACAGCAUGGGCUCAUACCACUGUGAGUGCCAAAAAGGGUACACGCUGGUCGGAGGCAGGAGAUGCCAAGACAUAGACGAAUGUGCUGCAGACAGAAGUCUCUGCCAGCCCUACGGCUCUUGUGAGAACAAACCGGGCUUGUACGUGUGUGUCUGCAAUCACGGUUAUGUCCUCUCAGAGGACAAACACAGCUGUGAGGCAGUUCGAGUGCUGACAGAUGAGAAGAAGGAGUGCUACCUGAACCUCGAUGACACUGUGUUCUGUGACAGCGUCCUGGCCACUAAUGUCACCAAGCAGGAGUGCUGCUGCUCCAUUGGAGUGGGCUGGGGAGACCACUGUGAGAUCUAUCCCUGUCCUGUCUCCCAAUCAGCCGAGUUCCACUUCCUGUGUCCAAACGGGCAAGGUCUCUACUAUGAAGAAGGACUCCAAUACAGCCUGCCUGCCUACCAUGAUAUCGACGAAUGUUCUUUGUUUGCUGAUGAAAUCUGCAAGAAGGGUCGCUGUGAGAACACACUGCCGGGCUACGAGUGCUACUGUCAACAGGGCUUCUACUAUGACAGCAACCUUCUUGAGUGCAUUGAUGUGAACGAAUGCCACGACGAGUCUCUGUGUACUAAUGGUCGGUGCGUCAACACCGAAGGGUCCUUUUACUGCAACUGUAAGCGGCCCUGGACUCCAAACUCCAACAAGAAGAAGUGUGUGAUGGCAACAGUAGCAGAUGUGAAUGAGUGUGAGGACCCAGCCAAUUGUAAGAAUGGGCAUUGUGUGGACACUCCAGGGUCGUACUACUGCAUCUGCUCCCCGCCCUGGACGCUAGCAACCGACCGUAAUAGCUGUGUUACUCCUGAGGAACAGGCUGAUGUGAAUGAGUGCCAGGACCCCUCCUACUGUAAGAAUGGGAGGUGUGAGAACACGCCCGGCUCCUUUCACUGUUUUUGUGACCCUCCCCUCACCUUCAGUGCAGCGCUGAAACAGUGCGUCUAUGACGAUCGCACUGCAGCCCACAAGGACGUGUGUUUCUUGCAGGUUGACGAGGGCUUGAUCUGCAGCGAGCCGAGAAACGGCAUGGUGGUGACUUACUCAGAGUGCUGCUGUCACUACGGUCGUGGCUGGGGGCCCGAGUGUAACACCUGUCCAUCCAGAAACUCCGAGAUGUUCAGUCGUCUUUGUGAGAUGCACCUGGAGACUGAGUCUGAUGGGGAGCAGGAUUUCCUGGCAGCUUUUGCCAACUACAACCCAGGUGACAGCUCAGAGGAGGAUUCAGAUGAAUGUAGCUGUGCAAAUGGCCGCUGUGUCCGCUCCUAUCUGGGCACCAUGUGUGAAUGUAACACAGGCUUUAGGCUCGACUACUCCCGCACCCGCUGUAUAGACAUUGAUGAGUGUGCAGAACCAGGAGUUCGUGUCAGUCCGUGCAAGAAUGCUCGCUGUGUGAACACUGCUGGCUCAUACAAGUGCUUCUGCAAACACGGCUUUGUGGCCACACGCAGGCCAAACAUAUGCAUCCGUCGCAGAACUCGUGGCUUCAGAAAGUACUCAGUCAGCGAGGGGACCAAGAACCCAGCGGUCACUCUAACAGAGCUUCAGAAGUCCUCUGCAAAGAUGAGAGAACCUGCCGGACAACCAUUUCAGCUGCCCUCCAUCAAUCAGGCCUUUAUGGUAAAGUGGCUGGACAGAAACCACUUUGCUACCAAAGGGGCCUCUACAAAGUAGUGAGUUAAGGGUCUGAAUAUGUUUGUAAAUGGGAGAUUUCAAUUUUUUUAUUUUUAAUAAAUUUGGAAAAGUUUCUAAAAACAUGUUUCACUUUGUAAUUAUGGGUAACUGAGUGUUGAUGGAUGGACAAAUAUGGCAAUUUUAUCCAUAUAAAGUUAAAUCUACAACACAAUAAAAGUGUGCAAAACGUGAAAGGGCCAGAAUACUUCCUGAAGCCACUAUUUGAAGACAUCCGAUAUAAACAGAAAACAGAUCAGGCAUAAACAUUCAGUGAAGCACAGAGCUCUCUUACAGUCAGGUUCAGAAGUAUCACGGGCAGUACUGUGGAUGAUUUAGUGUUGCCUUUCAAGCAUAAAAGAAAGCAAAUGAAUGUAAUGUAUGGCAGUUUCCACAGAUAUUACUUCUGUGAACAAUUCAUAACCUUUUUUUAUCCAGUUUUGGUUGUUAGCAUGCUGUUGUAAUAGGACAUUUGUAUUUUUGAAAGUCAGUGUUCUUUUGCUACUUUGCAGACAUCCUAUAGCAUUGCAUGAGUAUUUUAAACUAGCUAUUCUGCAGCCUAAAUAAUCAUUUUGUUUUUAUGUUAGGAUUCAGUUAUCCCCAUAAACAGAAAGCUUUCAAGUACUAAAAGGGGAAGGAAAUUUGCUGCUCUUUCCGUGCCAUAAAUCCCGUCUUCCCGCAGAUGUUGUGCUACUGAUGACAGACAAACAAGUCCCUGUGGGGUAUGCUAAUAUACUGUAGAUACCAUAGGGAAAGAUUACCAUUAAUUAACUUAAGUUGCUGAAGAAAGCUGAAGUUCUCUCUAAUGGCCCUUAAAAAAACCCAUUUGAGUUUGUUUUGAUCAUAAUCUAUAUCCCUAGCCUUUUAAAACCUUUUUCAUUCCAUUUUACUACACUGGGAAUAUCUCCACAUAUCAAUGAUCCUUUUCUUUAUUUGAUAAUUUGACAUGCUUUUAUCUCUUCACUGCUACAUUUUGGAAUUUAUUUUCCCUAACCAAAAAAUUCAGGCCAUAAAUUAACACUUUACUUUAUGGAUCUGUGAUGUGCUAAUAGAUAUAUAAAAGGGACAGUAUUCAAUUGGUGAACUUCCAAUUAAUUAGGAAGUGUAACCCAGUCAGUUUUUAGUCAUUGAAGCAGUUAAGCAAACAUGAAAAAAGUGAAAUAUGACUUAAAAAUGUCAACAUCUGUUGAGAAUUGCAUUAUCAAUAAUAAAUUAAUGAUUAUUAUUAUUAAAGGACUGCUCAAAUAACGUCAAUUGAGCAGUCCUUUACCCAGCUCUGAUCAAAAGGACAAUGAAAUCAAUAACAAAAAAUAAAAUGAAGCAGCUGUAGUUAAACAUGUUUUCUUACUUUCUAUGUAGGCUUGUGGUUUUCUUGUAAAGUAAGCCUGUCAGUGCUUAUGUUCCUCUGCUUGCUGCUCCAGUGCAAGUUGACUGAUGUUGACAAAGGAACUCAAAGGGAAGCUCAGUGUAGUCUUUUGGCAUCGUGAUGUGUGGAGGAGUGAAGGGUGGAUGUUUUCAGAACCUCAGAAAUCUGUCUCAUUUUUAAUGGUUUUUCCUUGUUCAGAUGUGGAGUGUGAUUUCAGUCUGGCUUUAUCCGACAAGUACAACAGUUACAAAACAAAAGCAACUUCUCAAUAGGGGUUGUUUCACUAGCAAAAUGCUCAUGGAGUGGUGAAUGUGGGAGAGUAGACCACAAAUACCAUAGAUGACACCACCUACUUGAAGAACAGCAUCAUCUUGUGGCUUCUUUGUGUUACUGUAGCAACUCUCCGUAACCCAGGGAACACAAGCUAGUGUACAGCCUUGAGGAGGUUACAGUAGAAUCCAGUUUUCCAAAGUUAUCAGAUAUUUCACACUAGAGGAACAAGACAGGCUUGGUUUGAAUACUAGAGCAGAGUCUGGUUAGUAAAGCAGAGUAGGCACCAUGUUCAUUAAGAUGGUGUUGUUAAUGCCAGUGAAUCGUGCUGGGGCUUAGUAACUGGUCCUGUCUGUGUUAGAGGACACCAUGAAAAGGCCCACAUCAUCCAGUUCUUCCAUGAGCACUCUGUAAGGACUAGGCGAGUGCCCACAUGGGGACACAAAUGAGCAGAGGUCACAGCAUAGAGCACAUACAAGCACUUUUAGACAACACAUCAUGUCACCCAGGUUACAUUGUUUACCACAAGUGAAGAAUGGAUUGGUGGUGGUUGAGUGUCUCUCUAACUUCCAAUCAGAGUCAAAUUUUGUAUCAAAUAAAUUCUAUACACUGUAUAGGAAUUGUUGUAACAUGAUGAAGUGUGAAAUGUUAAACUAUGCAUCUGUGAUGUCCCUCGGUGAAAUAAAAACACUUUUUUUGUAGAAAUACAGUUUAUUUAUUUACUCUCAAAAAUCAUGUGACGAUAUAACUCUCCUGCUCAUUUACAAUGUAUCUUUCCUUGUUACCAUGAAUUACAUUUGCUUAAAUUUGCUCUCUGUCAAAUGCAGUGUUGCUUUACUGGCAUUAAAAUAAACCUGAUUUCAUACAAUUCCCCCUCAGUGGAAAUUAAACAGUAUUGGCUUUGAUUUGCAGGCUGAUUGUGAUUUUAGUUUGAUUUUGAAUAAAUGUUAUUUAAUAUUUACUGAAAUUGUGCUGACAAACCUGUUUAUUAAAGGCUGG